GGAAGGGGCGGGCGGGCGGCAGCCAGAGCCGCGGCCACAGGGCACUGCCACGGACUUGCUCUGCUCCACCUGGCGGGACACACUGUGUGAGGAGGCACUGGUUCCAGGCAACAUGGUUUCUGCGGCAGCCCCCAGCCUCACUGUGUCUCUCCUGCUGCUCCUGCGGGUCCUGCCCGUGGCGUCCUACUCCGUGUCCCUGCAGGCCACCUUCCUGGAGGACACAGGGGGCAGCGGGGAGGCCGAGGGCGCGUUGGCCUCCUCCCCGAGCCUCCCGCCGCCCCGGACCCCAGCCCUCAGCCUCACGUCGGUGGGGCCCCAGCUCACGCCCCUGGCGGGCCCCAAGCCCCCCACCAACUUCCUGGACGGCAUCGUGGAUUUCUUCCGCCAGUACGUGAUGCUUAUCGCCGUGGUGGGCUCGCUGGUGUUCCUGCUGAUGUUCAUCAUCUGUGCCGCUCUUAUCACCCGCCAGAAGCACAAGGCCUCUGCCUACUACCCCUCAUCUUUCCCUAAGAAGAAGUACGUGGACCAGAGUGACCGGGCCGGGGGCCCCCGGGCCUUCAGCGAGGUCCCCGACCGGGCCCCUGACGGCCGGCCUGAGGAGGCCCUGGAUUCCUCCCAGCAGCUCCAGGCUGACAUCCUCGCCGCCACCCAGAACCUCAAGUCUCCCGCCAGGGCCGCCCCGGGCAUGGGAGACGGAGCCAGGAUGAUGGAGGGCAAGUUGGAGGAAGAGGAGGAAGGCAGCCGGGAGGCAGACCAGGAAGCCCAGGGACAUGGGGUCCCGGCAGAGAAACCAGAGGUGCCGCCAGAGGAGCCCUGCUCAGCGCAGGCGGAUGGGGCUCUGGCAGCCGUUGAAGGUCAAGGGGAGCCAGAAGCAGCUCCCUCAUUAGCCCUCGAAGCUGGGGGCCCAGCUGGUUCCCUCGAAAACCCCUGUGCUUGCGGCAGUGUCCCCCCCAGCAUCUAACAGGCCUCUAGGGCUGCCGGCCCUGAUUGUCGGACCCCUGGUGGUCACCUCUUUGGGCACAGAAAGGUCCUCGGCCCUGACCGUGCUCUGACACCCCCUACUCGGCCACUCCCCGCUGCAAAUCCCGGCAUGUCUGAUCCUACUACAGCAGGCAGAGAUGCUGGUCUCUGUUCCACCCUCAGGAAUCUCAUCGACUUCGAGAACAUUUGUCCCUGCAGCCCCAAGGGCUACAUCCCAAAGUACAGCUCCUCUGGGGAGAUGGGGCUGAGGAUGUGUCCCCGUCACAGGCACGUCCGCUGGGAAACAUAUGUCUCAGGUCCCUUGUGACAAUGCAAACAUCGCUGCUUUCCAUUGAGGUAGGAAAGAGAAACAGAAUAACUAGGAGUUUUGGAAGAGUUUGAACAGAUGGGAGAUUCAGAGGGGCCUGGGGUUGAAGCAGGUAGAGGUACCGCAGAAGAUCAGUCAGGAAGCUUCCGUGAGGGGUCCUGCACCGAUCACGACAGGUUCCUAAGUGAGCAUUUCCCAAACUGGGUUCCCUGGAAGAAAGAUUUUGAGGUCCAGUGAAUGAAUUGAGGAAACAUUGCUUCUCUGCUCUGCAUACCCCUCUUGGAGCACCCCAAGGCUCUGACAAGUCCCGCAGUAAAGGUGCCCAUGGAAUCUGAUUUUGCUUAGCCUUUCCCAAAAAGCUUUUGGCCGCGGAGUACUUUUGUUUUUGUUUUACAGCUACAGAGUAAAAUCCUGAAGAGAACACUCUGGAAGUUACAGCUCCAGAUGUUCUCCAGGGCGCCCCCUCCCCAGUUCCUGGUUGGUCCGGGGUGAAGGCUGUGGAGGUGGAGGCUCAGCCUCUCAGGGGCUGCCUCUCAUCCUGCUACUGCUGCGGGCAUGGGGCAAAUGAAUUGAACUUUCUUGCCAGGGCCCCAAGGCAACCUAGAAGUGGUGGCGGGCAGGGCUGUGUGUGAGGGGACCCCACUCUGGGGGAAUCUGAGGGGAUCAGGGAGGGUUUCCAACAGGCUGGAGCAGGGGGGCCCUGACCCCCUGCCCUUCACACACACACACACACACACACACACACACACACACACACAUAUCUGGCAGCCUGUGCCCAUAGCAUUCUUUAGUCUUCGACAAGGGAGCCUGAGCUCCGUCCUGAUUUGGGGAGGCUCUGGGGGGGGGGUCCUCUUCCCCAUCCCUCCGUCCGCCCUCCCCCCAACCUCUGCACAACUCUCCAGGUGCUGGGAUAUAACAAACUAGCACAAUAAACCUUUAUUCUGG